AUCCCACAAACGCCAACCACGCAUGAUGCUGUAGAACCGGCCUUGCUCGCACCCCGACAUACCCUCUCAUCCACAUCUUCUAGCGAUGCCAUGCUCAAAAGAUUCCUUCUACUAGUCAUGGGCUCAAUCACUAAAACGCCACUACCACUCUCCCCCUCCCCUCCCACCAUCGCGUCCUCCCUCACACCCCGAGUCCCCAUCCCUAAAAAUGGUGUGGACUAUCGCGGUAAAAUAGUACUCGCUCCCAUGGUCCGCUCAGGGGAACUACCUUCCCGUCUCCUGGCCCUGAAAUACGGCGCGGACCUCGUCUGGGGCCCCGAAACAAUCGACAGAGCCCUAAUCGGCUGCACCCGCCGCAUAAACCCGCGCAACUCCAUGGUCGAGUUUACCCGCCUGCCCUCCAACGGUGGGCGCGAAAACAACCAAGCCGCGAAAGAAUCCAUAAUCUACCGCCUCGACCCGCGUCGAGAAAGCGGGAAGCUGGUCUUCCAAAUCGGCACCGCCUCCCCCGACCUAGCCGUCCAGGCCGCCAAAAUCAUCGCGGCAGACGUCGCCGGCAUAGAUGUGAACGCCGGCUGCCCUAAACCAUUCAGCACCACCGGCGGCAUGGGGGCUGCCCUCCUCCAGACCCCCGAUCGCCUCGUCUCCAUCCUCACAGCCCUGGUGCAGCAAGUGGGCACCCCCUAUCAGAUCGGCAUAUCCGUGAAAAUCCGCCUCCUCGCCGACCCAGAACGGACCCGUGACCUCGUCACCCGCCUCUGCGCCACAGGCAUCACAGGCCUGACCGUGCACUGCCGCACGACCCCGAUGCGCCCGCGCGAGCGCGCCAUCCGCGACCAACUGCCCAUGAUCGCCUCCAUCUGCCGCGCCGCCGGCGUCGCCAUCCUGGUGAACGGCGACGUCGAGUCGCGCGACCACGGCCUGGCGCUGAUGGCCGAGUACGGCGUCGACGGUGCCAUGAUCGCCACUUGCGCAGAGGCAAACUCGUCCUGCUUCCGUAGCGCGGCCGACGGCAGCCUCCUCCCCUGGCGCGCAAUCGUGCGCGAUUAUAUGGAUCUCUGCCUGCAGUGCGAGAACAAAUGGGGCAAUACAAAGUAUCUGCUCAACAUGCUUAUUCCGGGCAAGGAGCGGGCGUUCAAUGCCGCGAAGCAGUCCAAGUCGUAUCAGGACUGCUGUCGGGUGCUGGGGUUUGAGGACUUGAUUGCCCGGGCGAGAGAGGUGGAUGAGAUUAUCGGGCGGACGCCUGCUGCUGAUGCUGCUUCUGUGCAGGAUGACUAUGACUCGGUGAGUGACAAGAAGAAGCAGAACACAGAUAAGAAAUAUAAGAAGAUCAAAAGUCCCGCGGUCCAAAGGGCCAUGUUGACGAAUGAGACUGCCAAGGCUGCGGGCAUCAGUGCUGGUGAUUGCAAUGCGUAUCCUGUUCCUGGUGGUAGAAUGGGAAGGGAUAAGGCCGGUAAGAAGACGGCCGGUACGUCCACGGUGGGCGACGGGAAUGUGAAUCUUGGGCCUGAUGCAACUGCCGUCUUGAUGGAUAUGAACAUGGCUGCUGCACACCCACAACCUGCGAUGGAGAAUGCGCCUGUCGCCAGUCCUCUACAUGGUUGAAUCCGCGUUUUCUUUUUCCUUACAGUUUCCCCGUUACGCAUAAUCGACGAACAUACGCGAUCUACCUCUCAUCUCUACUUGCUAUUCUCGGUCCAUCCUGUUAUUCAGCGCCACUAGAUCAUAUUAUUUGCAUAAGAAUGGCGUUAUAUUGGUGGAAUUCCCUCUCAUUUUUGACUGUUAUCUAGGCCAAUUCAUAGAUGUUCACGCCUUUUUGUUCCCCCAUCAUUAUCCUCCCUAUCUGACAGGGCGGGAGAGAAGUGGGAACGCCCUCUCACCUUAACCUACUCUAUCUAAUCUUUGUCUUUACUUCAUCCUCUGCUUGCGUCCCAUCCCACAGCAACCAAAAGAGAAAUAAAAAUCAGCAUAUAUUUCAUCUCAUAUUAUUUGGUCAUUCAUAUUGAUUUACAUAUACCGCCGCCCCAGAAUUAUCCAUUAUUAAAGAUUUCCUUCAUCU